GAAGCAGGGGCAGGUGGCAGGCGGCAGGCAGUUUCUGCAAACAGGUGUUCUCCCAGUGUCUAGACCCCGAGGACUCAUGCCUACAGGUGCUAAUCGCAUAGCAGAAUGAGUAGAGCAGGUGAGCGGCCCUUCGCCUGCAGCUGGCAGGAGUGCAACAAAAAGUUCGCACGCUCUGAUGAGCUGGCGCGGCACUACCGCACGCACACGGGGGAGAAGAAGUUCAGUUGCCCCAUCUGUGAGAAGCGCUUCAUGCGCAGCGACCACCUGACGAAGCAUGCGCGGCGCCAUGCCAACUUCCACCCUGGCAUGUUGCAGCGGCGCAGUGGGGGGUCUCGGACCGGCUCGCUCAGCGACUACAGCCGCUCGGACGCCAGCAGCCCAACCAUCAGCCCAGCAAGCUCACCCUGAGCGCACCGCUGCCCUGCAGCCCCAGCCCCAGGACCCCAGGACCCUGCCGACAACAGCCAUGAGCAGCCGCUCUCUUCUUCCUUCUCCUCUUUCUCCUCGCGUCAGACCCUGCCCCUUUUGUACUAAGAAAGCAGAGUGAGAACGUGAUGAAAAAUCCAUGAAAAAAACACUUUUCUUCA